AUGGCCAGGUGCCCGCCCCACCCCGCCCGGCUCGCUCAGAACACCUCGUCGCGUUGCACUCGACGCCCGAACGCCGGGAAAACAUCAACGGUUUUCCGCCGCGAUCGCACGUACAACUUUCGUGAUAGACUCAUACCUUUAAAAUUUAUUAGAGUCCAUCAAUCAAGCCCCACUCUACGAGGACAAUUGAGACAGACCGCGAGCAUCUGUAGCACU